AUGGCGACUCAACGGGACCAAUCGAUGAAAUUUCGAGAAGGCCAAGUCUCAGGGUCAACUGUGGAGGGCGGAGACGCCAAGGAGGAAAGUGUUGGCGGGCACUUGGCUGUGGCCUUGCUCGAAAAUCCCGCUUCAUGGACCCUGCCGUCUUCGGGUAAGCGGCACAUGGUGUCCAAAGAUAGCAAGCGCAACCAGAAAUGCUAUUCGUUUGGUUUUGAGUUCGUUGACAGGUCCAGAAGUCGUCUGUACUACUUCAAGUGCGGCGCGCGCAGCGAAAUAUCGUUCCUGGCAAUGUUCUCCACCAGCUCCAUACUGAGAACACGGCUGGACGUGACUCGCCAGGGGCUAUCGUACGAUGACAAGAAGGCUUGCAGUAGAAGAGGAGGCUUGAGACAAACCAAGGCUCCUGAGAGUGACAGUGAUCAGGACGUGAAUUAUUCGCCCAGCGAUAAGCGCGGCUAUGGUACAAGAAGAUUUCCCUGA